UGGAUGCCGGGCUCCCUGGCGCGUUCCCAGGAAUCCUCAGAAUGCAAGGUUUCUCUCAAAGGCGUCUUGCAUCAGCCUGUGGGUGAAUGCCGCCACCGGGCUCCUCCACCGGCAGAGUGGAAAAAGAAGCGCCUCACAACAAAUUCUUCUUUUGGGGCCGGGGAGCGCAGUGGAUUACAGCUCAUUUUCUUCUUUCCACAGCUGUGCACUCCUGGAUGCGCGUAAGUUACAUGAAGAUCUACAACUGGUCUGGGGUUCAAUGUUCUAGAAAGUUCUGAGGCCUGUGGCUUGAAGCAGAGAAACUAAUAAUUGAAGAGAAGCAGGCCGGCUGCUCUGAGAGAAUGCUCUGCACCUGUUGAUGCUCCAGGUCUGACGCACCUGCUGAGAUGCUCCUGCUCCCCGGAGUGGCCCUGCUGCUGCACCUGCUGCUGCCUGCCUUCAGUCCGGCAUACGCUCAGGUUAACCCAGACAUAUGCCGCUACCCUCUGGGCAUGUCAGGAGGCCACAUUCCCGAUGAGGACAUCACAGCUUCCAGUCAGUGGUCAGAAUCCACAGCUGCCAAAUAUGGAAGGCUGGACUCGGAGGAAGGGGACGGAGCCUGGUGUCCCAAGAUCCCCGUGGAGCCAGGUGACCUGAAGGAGUUCCUGCAGAUCGACUUGCACACGCUGCACUUCAUCACCCUGGUGGGGACCCAGGGCCGCCACGCGGGAGGCCAUGGCAUCGAGUUCGCGCCCAUGUACAAGAUCACCUACAGUCGGGACGGCACGCGCUGGAUCUCCUGGCGGAACCGGCACGGGAAGCAGGUGCUGGAUGGGAACAGUAACCCCUAUGACAUUUUCCUCAAGGACCUGGAGCCGCCCAUCGUGGCCAGAUUUGUCCGCUUCAUCCCGGUCACCGACCACUCCAUGAAUGUGUGCAUGAGGGUGGAGCUUUACGGCUGCGUCUGGCUGGAUGGCCUGGUGUCGUACAGUGCUCCCGCCGGACAGCAGUUUGUGCUCCCCGGGGGCUCCGUCAUUUACCUGAACGACUCUGUCUACGAUGGAGCUGUUGGGUACAGCAUGACCGAAGGGCUGGGCCAGUUGACAGAUGGGGUGUUUGGCCUGGACGACUUCACCCAGACCCACGAAUACCACGUGUGGCCCGGCUACGACUACGUGGGCUGGAGGAACGAGAGCGCCACCAACGGUUACAUCGAGAUUCUGUUUGAAUUCGACCGAGUCAGGAAUUUCACCACCAUGAAGGUUCACUGCAACAACAUGUUCGCCAAAGGGGUGAAGAUUUUUAAGGGGGUGCAGUGCUACUUCCGCUCUGAGGCCAACGAGUGGGAGCCUAACUCCGUGUCCUUCCCGCUGGUGCUGGACGACGCCAACCCCAGUGCCCGCUUCGUCACCGUGCCUCUCCACCACCGCAUGGCCAGUGCCAUCAAGUGCCAGUACCAGUUCGCUGACUCCUGGAUGAUGUUCAGUGAGAUCACCUUCCAGUCAGAUGCUGCCAUGUACAACAACUCCGGAGCCCUGCCCCCGCCGCCCGUGGCACCCACCACCUACGAUCCAAUGCUGAAAGUCGACGACAGCAACACUCGGAUCCUGAUUGGCUGCUUGGUGGCCAUCAUCUUCAUCCUCCUGGCCAUCAUUGUCAUCAUCCUGUGGCGGCAGUUCUGGCAGAAGAUGCUGGAGAAGGCUUCCCGGAGGAUGCUGGAUGACGAAAUGACAGUCAGUCUGUCCCUGCCCAGCGAGUCCAGCAUGUUCAACAACAACCGCUCGUCCUCGCCCAGCGAGCAGGAGUCCAACUCCACGUACGACCGCAUCUUCCCGCUUCGGCCGGACUACCAGGAGCCCUCGCGGCUCAUCCGCAAACUGCCGGAGUUCGCACCAGGGGAGGAGGAGCCAGGCUGCAGUGGUGUCGUGAAGCCGGUCCAGCCCAGUGGGCCCGAGGGCGUGCCACACUACGCAGAGGCUGACAUCGUGAACCUCCAGGGGGUGACAGGCGGCAACACCUACUCUGUGCCAGCCGUCACCAUGGACCUGCUCUCGGGGAAAGACGUGGCCGUGGAAGAAUUCCCCCGGAAACUCUUAACUUUCAAGGAGAAACUGGGAGAAGGCCAGUUUGGGGAGGUUCAUCUCUGUGAAGUGGAGGGAAUGGAAAAAUUCAAAGACAAAGAUUUCGCCCCGGACGUCAGUGCCAAGCAGCCCGUGCUCGUGGCCGUGAAGAUGCUCCGAGCGGACGCCAACAAGAACGCCAGGAACGACUUCCUGAAGGAGAUAAAGAUCAUGGCGCGCCUCAAGGACGCCAACAUCAUCCGGCUGCUGGCCGUGUGCAUCGCCGACGACCCCCUGUGCAUGAUCACCGAGUACAUGGAGAACGGUGACCUCAACCAGUUUCUCUCGCGCCACGAGCCCCCCAGCGCUCCUGCGGGCAGCGUGCCCACCGUCAGCUAUGCCAACCUGAAGUUUAUGGCUACGCAGAUAGCCUCUGGCAUGAAGUACCUUUCCUCUCUCAACUUCGUGCACCGAGACCUGGCCACGCGCAACUGCUUGGUGGGCAAGAACUACACCAUCAAGAUCGCUGACUUCGGCAUGAGCCGCAACCUGUACAGCGGUGACUACUACCGCAUCCAGGGCCGGGCCGUGCUGCCCAUUCGCUGGAUGUCCUGGGAGAGCAUCCUGCUGGGCAAGUUCACUACCGCGAGUGAUGUGUGGGCCUUUGGGGUGACCCUGUGGGAGACUUUCACCUUCUGCCAAGAGCAACCCUAUUCCCAGCUGUCAGAUGAGCAGGUCAUCGAGAAUACCGGAGAGUUCUUCCGAGACCAAGGGAGGCAGACUUACCUGCCCCAGCCGGCCAUUUGCCCCGACUCUGUGUAUAAGCUGAUGCUGAGUUGCUGGAGGAGAGACACCAAGCACCGGCCCUCUUUCCAGGAAAUCCACCUUCUGCUCCUGCAACAGGGGGACGAGUGACGCGGUCCACGCCGGAGGCCCCACCCUCCUCACCAGGCCCGCCACUCACCCACGCCUAAGCCACUCGUCUGGACGUUGAAUGAGCUGAGGGACACAGGCUCGUUUGCUUCUCUCUCUCUCUGUCCCUCGUCUCCCUCCACUCCACUCCCCACUCUCUACCCCCGACCCAUAUAUACAUUUUUUUUACAUUAAAGAACUAAAAAAGAAAAAAAAGAAAAGCCUAGGGCAGAUACGAUCUAGUAAAGAUGUCUUACUUGACACCCCAAAGUGCUGGAUAGCAGAGGCUAGAUAAUUUAGAUAAUUUAUAAAGGUUAAAUACGCUUGUGUUUAUACAUGUGCAGAUUCUACAAUAUUUUUUCCAUGUCACCGUUAAAAAAGUAGUUUCAGAAAGAAAAACUUGAAGAAUACUAACGUCUUAGGAAACAUGCAAUUAGGCUUGGGGAAAACAACACUUGGCAAGUGUGGAGACGGAGGGGAUGGUUUCCUAACUGAUCACAGAUGCUCUCGUUUCCUGACGUGGCCUCUGGACUCGUCCCACCGUCUGCAUUUGCCUUCCCUCUCAAAGGAGAUGACACAGCUUCUCAGCGUGGGUGUUUUCUUCGUUCGCGGCAGGGUUGGGCUUGAGGUCUGUGUGCCUAGGAAACACAGAGAUGUGCGGAGGGAAAGAUGUCUGCUGCAAGGUUGUAGGAAGGGAAUGGUCAUUUGCAAAACAAAACAAAACGAACAGAAAUGUACCGGGCGCAGGGAAGGCUUCUUCGGGCGCAGGGAAGGCUUCUUCGUUGGAGCGUGGCCACAGGCAGCGGCCUGUGGGCGGGUGACAGGUGUGCUUCUCAUUUCUGCAGAGGCUCUGCUCUUUGUCUGGGUCAGACACCUUCAGGUGUGUGUUACUGAGAGCCUGAUUUUGAAGCAGUGCGGGCGGGUGUUCCAUAGCCUGAUCCUAGGCCCUCUGGUUCUUCAAAUCUUUGGCUCUUUUAGUGGAUAAGUCUCCUUAGGGACCUGUGGACUGGGGCUGAAUCUCUCAGGCAAGCACAACAGCGAUUGAUCUGAGUGUUCCCACAGGGUUGACGGGACCAGUACAGGAGGGGGAGUCACAGGGAGAUGGAUUUCCUCUCCUUGUUAGAGAAGAUUGUACAAGACGAGGGCUGUGUCUGGAGGUGGGGUCCCUUGUCACUGAAGAGGCUCAGAUUCAGGCUGAAGAAUUGGGGAAGGGAGAUGUAGGCUCUGAGACGCAGAAGUGGUGGUGUGAGAUGGGCCGGACGUCCUUCUGCACAGGUUGAGGACGACAGAGAAGUCGCCCAGACAACACACUCGUCCUCGGAGGGGCUCUGAUCAGCGGAGAAGAAAGUGGAGACUGUGGCACUGAUGCCCUGCCAGCUCAGAGCCCCCCCAGAACAGGCUCUGAGCCUUUUCACUCCACGAAUCCUGACUCAGCGGGAAGCAGGAAAGGGGAGUCCUUGGUUCCCGUUGGGGAGAAACAAGGAAAGAUUGCGGAGUGAGCCCCCAAGUCAAAGCAAGAGUCUUGACCCCUCAUGGCCUGUCACAGCCUCUCGGGAACUUGUGUGUUCCCCUAUUCAGCUCCAGCGUGCUCCAGGCCACAGCAGGAGCCCAAGGUCACUUUUCAGGUCAGCGUCCUCCCCUACGAGUGCCCAGCCCAUCGUGUCCUGUGACUCUGGACUAACCUUGGUGACAUCACUGGGUGGCAGUCGGGACAGCAUUGCUUUGGGACCUUGAUCCCAGUUCGGCUUCAAGCCAAGUGUGUCCCCUUGGACAAGUCACCGUGCCUUCCGGACGUCGCUGUGCUCAUCGGUAACGUGAGAAGGACAUGGCGGUAGAUGGCCUGGAAGUCUCCUCCAGUUCCGGUACGUUCUGUGCUCGCUGGGUGAUGGAUCUAUAGCUGACGCAGACUCUGUGACCUGCUUGUCUCCAGCUCUGAGAAUUGGGGUUGGUGAAGAGGUUGGCAGGAAGUCACCACGACCGUGACGGUGACCAGCCAUGUGUGCAGUGCUUCCAACCCCUCGCCCCAUUGGAUGUGUGCAGGGCCAGACAGGUGCUCUUACACCUGGGACCUGCCACACUCUGCUUUCAAGGUCAGUGUUAACUUCAGGUGUCAGUCAGCGCUCUCCAGAGAACAGAGCCGAUAGGUGGACAUUAGGUCUGGCUUAUCACAAGGAGUUGGCGGACGUCAUCAGUGACGGCUGAGCAGCAGACACAGGGGGCUGCUGCUGGUGUCACGUGAGAGCCGGGGGUCAGCGGGGAUGUCAGCACCCCUGUCUGCCAGAAUGAACCCCCUUCCUCCUGUUCUUCCAUCUGGACUGGAUGCUGCCCGCCCACACUGGGCAGGGCCCUCUGCCUCCCUCAGCCUAGCAGUCCAAACACUCAUCUCGUCUGCAGACACCUCCAGACACUCCAGGAAUGAUGUUUAAUCUGGGUAUCACGUGUCCCAGUCAAGUGGACACAUGAAGUUAACCAUCACAUCUCACUAGGAUUAACGGGGCCCCGCCUUUAAUUCUCCUGUAUCCACAUGUCUCUGGCAGGGCCACGUCCAGACCCCGCCAUCACUGCUUAUGUGGCAGGAGAAAAUACUCUGAUUUCCCCUUGAUUGCUCUAACGCCUCUCCUCUCACUUCCAACGGUUCUGCCUCAAUACACUGCACAUCUCGAUCCCACAGAUAAUAAUCCUCUUUAACGUGAACUGAGUGUGUCUGGAGUUUCCUGGCCUUGAGUCAGAGAGGUAAUCUGUUCCAGGUGGCCAGCAAAAAUGUACUGUCAUGCACAGUUACUGUUUUCUGGGAGAAGGGAGGCUCCAUCUUCUGGCUCGGAGACGUGUUACAGACAUGGGUUGACCUCCAGCCUGGUCAUGCUCACAGCGUCUACGGCACAAACCUAAGAGACCCAGCAGGAGGGGGAUGGCCUAAAGUGUAGAACUUAAAAGUGGCUCGAAUCUAAAUGAAAAGAAUGAAGCUAGAAACUAUUUAGAAAAGGAGGCAGGAAAGGGAUGAGAAACUAGGGGCCUUGUUCCCUUUGUGGCAAGCUGUGCUCUCCAUGAUGGAUGUGAAGUACUUUGUGUUCAGAUUGUGGUUUGGGAUAGUCAGGUUUAAGUUCCAACGCCUGCUGGCUAAGGUGCUGAGAGCCAGGCCUGAAACUUGACGUGCCGUGCAGACGUGUGCUCAGAAAAGGUCUGAGUGGAAAGAGGCCCGAAGAGAAGGUGCUUUGGGUGCUGUGGCAAGAUCACUUGAGAGGGCGUGAGGCCGUGGCGGCACUGCUGGGAGUGGAGUAACAGAUGAGUGAGGAACGGCUGUGGAGCGCACACGGGAAGGCCUGGGGUGUCAGGGAGGCAAGACAGAAAGGGGAGCUGUGCAGAGUCCAUUCUGAAGGCUGACCUGAGUCGGGCAGGAAAAAGUAAGUGUCUUGAAGGUAAAAGAUGAAUCUGGGUGGAGAAAAAAGAAAUCCUGGAUGGUGGAAAUUAAAAGGUAUUUGUUAAAAUGAGAAGCCUGGGGCAGGGUCGGAAAGAGGGGAGCUUUGCAGAGUUUCAGAAAAGGGGAGCUCAUCGUGAAUGUCAAGUGCACCAGCACUCACAGGGAGGGAGGAAGUCUGAGCGCCUGUGUCCUGGACCACUGGGCUUUGAGGAGGACUCGAGUCUGUCUGCAGUGGGCUUGGAAAUGAAGCCCUGGAUACAGGGACCCACGGUGGUUCACGAAGCGUGUGUCCCGCUCUCCCACUUCUGUUAAUGAAAUCAGUGCUGUGCCCAGGAAGGCCACAGGGCAUGGGAAACUGUGGGCUUGGGCAGACUGACCACACCUUGUCUGAUGCCCACACAGGGGUAUGAGCCUGCUGGGACCAGCCAGGCUUCCCACAGGAAGCUGGGCGUGGGGCUCGGCCACAUGCUCUGAGUGAAGGAGAAAGAGAAGGGGAGUGUCAGGAGGGGAGACUGAGGAAGAAGUUCCAAGGAAAUUGUCUAAAUCAGAAUGGCACCUGUCUUGCCCCAAACUCUAAAAAAAAUGAAGAAAAUUACAGUUAAGGCUUAGGUCACUCCCAAAACAUGGCUGUUAAGGCUUUGAUCCUAGGUUGAGUUGACAGGCCUCUUCUUCACCUUCUCAGGAGGACCACUGACCUCUGGCCUGCACGUGGCAGGUCCCUGGAUGUUUCUGGAAAUUGAGGAUCCUGGUUCGCACUGGGAAAUCCAUCUGCAUUGAAAUUUAACAUUUUAUAGAAACAGAUGAAUGUCUUUUCCACUUAGUAAACGUCUUGGAGUGCUGAACUGACAUGGGAAGAGGCCGGGAUGGGUAGCAGGGACUGGAUUUGUGGCAUUUUGAGUUUUCUGCCACAGCGCUGCCUGGCAGACACAUAGCGGGGAAUUGAGUUGUGCAUCCUUUUAUAAACUUGUUAUUUUGAAAUACUUUGAGAUUCACAAGAAGGUAGCCUUUCCCUAACACCAGGCCUACAGGGAGGAUUUGCAGAGACCAGACAGAAGGCACAGCGGGAUAAGGUAACCGCUUUGGGUGAAAGCUUUUUUUUUAAAAAGAGGCUUGGAACUAACACCCGUGGGGAGGACGCCUGCAGACACACUGAGAGUUUGUAAUCUGGCUGCCGACUGUAUGCCCGUUGCUGUGCAUGGAACCCGCUCCUUUCCCGCUGACUUUGGGCGAACAACGUGGCGCCCGGGCUCUGCUCUGCAGGCUUCGGCCAGGAUGUGACUUGUCAGGGGGGAAAGAGCAAACUGAUUUCAUUCCUGCUUAAAACUAUCACAGUCAUUCCAAAAUACAAUACGUAAAAUUUCUCUGUAUUAGGAAAAGAAACGAGAUACCAAUUGUAUAUUUUCUUCUCUUUAUUUAUUCUCUGUAAGUCUGUCAGAUGAUAAAUUGUAAAUAACAACGAUUAAAGAAAUAUGCUACUGAUGGAUCCUCCU